AUGGCGUGUGACGAAACCCAUGAUUCUGUUGAUGGUGCCUGCACGAAAAACGUCACUCACAACGAGAACGAGCAGAUGGCCUACACCAGCUCCUCCAGAUUUGUCGCUAAAUUUGUUGCUGAAAUCGAAAUCCCUUCCCACGACCGGUUUCGUCCUUCCACUUUGGGCUCAUCAGGUAGGCACAGUCUCCGACUUUUCAUCAACCUCAUGUUCUACUUGACCACAAAUAGCACGAAAUUAGCGAAAUACACUUAUUUGCAAACUAAUUUGGUUUUGUAA